AUGGAGAAUUUCCAAACCACCUUCAACUCCAACACCACGGCAGCCAAUGAAGCUUUAAAGAGUUUGGGCUCUCUCGUCAAAACUGAGAAGAAGGAGUUGCAAGAGAUUCGCACUGGUUUGAAAACUGACCAUGAAGCGUUUCAAACCUCCAUCUCAUCUCAAAUUUCCAAGCUUCAAGACGAACUGGCAAAGGAGAGUACCCUCAAGGACUCCCUUUCCCUCAAGAUGGAAGAAGUAAAGAUGUUGACUGUUAAACUGGACACUUCAGAGAAACAGGUCAAUGAUUUGUUAUCUAAGAGAGCUGUCAUGUAA